CCCCCCCCCGCAGAUCUACCCUACCCCGCUACCCAUAUCCAUCGCCCACGUUCGUUCUUUUUCCCAAAUCAAAUCCACCCAUUUACUCAAAUCUCAAAAUUUAUCUCUGUUGUAUCAGUAUUCGAGCAAAUAGGACCAACUUAUAUAUGUUUGAUAAUUCUGGGUUUGUUAUUCAGUUAUUAGAUUUAAUGCAAAUAAAGAGAUGGGAAUGUACGCAAAAUUUUAUGUGUCCCAAUGUGUUAAUUUCGAGCAUGCACCGAUUGAGCACGAGGGUUUAAGAGGUUCUUGUAUUUGACAAAGCUAUACUUCAAUUAGCAGAGCUGAUAAGUAAUUUAAAGAAGAGAAAUGUCGAAUCAAGCGGUGAAGGUGAAAAGAGAUACAAUUGUGGCAUGCUUGACUUGCCCCCUUUGUCACAGACUCUUGAGAGAUGCUACGACUAUUUCUGAAUGUCUUCAUACAUUUUGCAGGAAUUGCAUCUAUAAGAAGCUCUCUGAUGAAGAAUUGGAAUGCUGUCCAAUAUGCAACACUGACUUAGGCUGUGCCCCGUUAGAGAAAUUGAGGCCAGAUCAUAACCUAGAAGAUGUAAGAGCAAAGAUAUUCCCUUAUAAGAGGCGAAAAGUGAAAGCGCCUGAAAUUGUGCCUUCGGUUGCAUUGCCAGUUAGGAGGAAAGAGAGAUCACUUUCAUCACUGGUGGUCAGCACUCCUAGAGUAUCCACGCAAACUGGAAUGAGAGGAAAAAGAUCAAAAUCGGCAGCAAGAAAAGUAUUACCGGGCUCCACCUUUCCUGUUGAAAGACCAAUUAAAAAUGAGGAAGAUUCUGGGGAAGAACCGGAUAGCUCUAGCUCACCUGAGACUUUGAAAAGGUUUGCUCAGAAUAAAAGGCAGAAUUAUUCCAACACCGAGCAUUCUAGCCAUCCCACAAUGGACAAAGAAACAGACAAUGGCACGGAGCAAUGGGAAGGCAAAGUUAAUUUAUGGAACCCUUUGAAUUGUUUGGUGGAAGUAGCAAACAAGAAUAAGUGUUCAACAUUUACUUCUCAGGGUUCUAUUGGCAAAUCAGGAAGUCCGCAUUGUCAUGACAAUGAGGGUCAAUUCCGGAAAACUAAAGUCAAAAAACAUGGACAGAAAUUGAAAGUCCAAGAUGACAAGAAUGAAUAUGGUCCUGGUCCUCCAGAAUCUGAAAAACCUAAGAAGUUGCGAAAAAUUUGCCUAAAGAAAGCGUCAACUUUUGGAGAAUUUAAUGUAUCAGCACAAACUGUGCUGGAUUCGAUCAGUUUUAAAUGUUCCAGGAGGACUAAUCCAAUUUGGUUCUCAUUAGUGGCCUCUGAAGACCAGGAGGGAGAUACACCCUUGCCCCAGAUUUCUGCAAGUUACUUGAGAAUAAAGGAUGGCAAUAUUCCAGUUUCGUUCAUCCAAAAAUACUUGACGAGGAAGUUGGAUCUUUCUAGCGAAGAUGAGGUUGAGAUUAGAUACAUGGGGCAGUUGGUAGUUCCCACUCUCCAACUGAGUAAUUUGGUUGAUAUGUGGCUACAAACUACUGUUUCAGAAAUAGCUCCAGCAACAGUUGGUUCAUCAGCUAAGGAUUUCGUGAUGGUAUUGGCGUAUGCUCGCAAGGUUCCAAGCCUUAUGUCUUCUUGAAUUAUUCUUUAUGCCUUCACAUACUCGAUAAUCUAUGACGCUUGGGCACAAGUUGAAGUAGCAGCCCGGAUCUGCUUCAUUAGCGAGUCUUGUAUUAGGAAUGUAGUGAGACAUUAGACUUAUAUACUAUUUACAUCGGCUGGUGCUGCAAAUUUUUACAAAUCAGGAAGCAAAUGAGCAACGAGACGAUGAAGGAGAUGAGCUUUGACAGAGUGCAGUGAAAAUUCAAGCUAAGCACGCACUUCUGGUACUCUGCGGAGAUGCAAUGUUUUCAAGUUGAAUUGGUGUUUCUCCGUUUUGUUGUAUGUUUGCACACUACCUUGUAAUCUUAAUUUAAACAGAUUUAUGUCUUGUGAACAGAGGCAGAUUCAGGGCAGGUUUUGUGUGUCAACUGAUCCCAUCAUAUUAGGCUCAAACUGCGUAUACAUAGGCAAAAAAAAAUGUAUAUAUAUAUAUAUGUGUUAAUGCAUGAUACAUUAAUAUUUC